UAAGCUACAACUAAAGCGGAUGAUGCUCAGUUAUCCAGUGAUUAUUCGACAUUAGAGUGUUCCUUUAUUUCUCAAUCACCUCUUGUCCACCUUUAUCCUUGAAUUAAAUUAAAUUUUCUUUUAAACAAGUGACAGUAACAAAAAUCUUCAAAAUAGAAAGAUAAACGUUCUCCAGGAGAACGUUCAAGAAAGUGGAUUAUCCUUCCGGCGUCCAUGCCAGGAGAAAGUCACGUGUCCUGUCAUUAAGAACGGUAAAGGAAAUUCUGUUCUUAAUUUUAGAAAUUUUGUUCAUUAGGACUGCCGGAAGGAUGGGCGAGGAUUCAAAAUGCGGUCUUUGUGGCAUUUAUCCCAAAUGGCUGGAAGGUCGAGCAACCGCAAAAGUUUUUAUUAUUGUUUAUGGCCUACUUGGCACAGUUCAAAGUAUGGCUUUCGUAUAUGUCAUGGUCACCUUAACAACACUUGAGAAAAGGUUUAAAAUUCCAAGUCAAACAACAGGAAUAAUACUCUCAGGAAAUGAGAUAUCACAAAUUUUAUCUCUAGUUUUAACGUAUUACGGAGGAACUGGUCAUCGGCCAAGAUGGAUAGCCGUUGGUGUUGCAUUAAGUGCAUUAUCAUGCAUUGUACUGGCCCUUCCACAUAUUAUUUACGGUCCUGGAAAGGAUGCAUUAGCCUUGACACGAGAGUAUCUCGAUCAAAAUUUAAUUAUUAAUUCCACUGUAAGUGAGGACCUUCCAACUUGCACGAGAAAUAGAGAGCCACCAAGUUGUGAUGAAGAAUCACUACAGGACAUAAGUAUUCUUCCAAGAUUACUUGUUUUUUUGUCACAAUUUAUUUUAGGUAUUGGCACAACGCUUUAUUAUGGAUUGGGACAAACGUAUCUUGAUGAUAAUACGAAGAAGAAAAAUACUCCAAUGUUGUUGGGAGUCACGUUUGCUCUUCGGACUUUGGGACCUGUCGUUGGAUUCGUUUUAGGCUAUGCAUGUUUAAGUUUGUAUAUAGAUCCUACUUUGCAUCCUGUAAUUACUAAAGAAGAUCCACGAUGGUUGGGUGCCUGGUGGAUCGGUUGGAUUAUUCUUGGAACGACUAUGGGAAUGUUUGCAGUUUUUAUUGCCAUGUUUCCACGUCAUUUGCCAAAAUCAAAUACAUCUUCCAAGGAGAUUGCGGAGGAACCUUUCAAACAUGAUCCGACAUUCCAAAAAAUUGAGAAUAUAAAAGAAAAAGAAAAUUCGACGGUAGCAAAUAAAGAAAUGGAAUUUGUUCCAACAGUGAGUGAUUUUAUUACAUCGACGAAACGAUUAAUGUUGAAUCCCAUUUUGACCUGCAACAAUUUCAGUGGAGUUUUUUAUAUUCUUGGUGCAUCAGCUUACAUAACAUUCAUGUCGAAAUAUAUGGAGGUUUUGUUUGGUGUAUCAGCUGCAAAAAGUUCAAUGAUUACAGGCCCGAUCACUUUAAUAGGAAUGGUACUCGGUUUUCUGAUAUCAGGAGCAGUGAUUAGUAAAUAUAAACCAGGUCCACGAAUUUUGCUCGGCUGGAAUGUCAUUAUUGGCAUAUCGUACAUUUUUGGACAAACGGCAUUUUUAUUUUUGAGCUGUCCCGCUACUCAAAUCGAAGGAAUUGAUUCAAAAUCGAUGCAAAUAAAUCUCGACUCUCCAUGCAACGCAGAUUGUUCCUGUGAUACGGUGAAAUAUUCGCCGGUUUGUUAUGAGCCAACAAUGACAACAUUUUUCUCGGCAUGCCACGCAGGUUGUAAGACAGUACUGACAAAUGGUGAAUAUGGAAAUUGCAGUUGUACACAAAAUCCAAUGAAUAUUCAAAAUUCCUAUUAUCAAUCGGAUAAUCAGUUGAAGGAUCAAUUGAGUGUUUCUUCAAUUAAUCAAGAUGACAAUAUUUUGAUGACAAAUAUUUUAAAUAUCGUUAAAGCUGGUGCUUGUAAAAGUGAUUGUCGAAAUCCCUAUUUAAUACUGACAAUUAUAAUGUGCAUUAUACAAUUGCUCACAUGUUCUGGAAAAAUUGGCAAUGUUCUGGUUAAUUAUCGAAGUGUCGACGACAGGGAUAAGGCAUUUGCUCAAGGAAUAACAUUAAUGUUGAUCUCACUUUUUGCCCUUAUUCCGGGUCCCAUUAUUUAUGGAGCACUGAUAGAUUCCACUUGCCUUGUGUGGGACGAUGCUUGUGGUAUGAAGGGAAACUGUUGGGUUUAUGACCCAGAUAAGUUUCGAAACUAUAUUAACAGCACGGCAAUAUGUUUCACCAUAAUUGGUGUUCUAUUCGACAUUGGAGUUUGGUAUCUUGGUAAAAAUGUGGAUCUAUAUGGAAGUGAUGAAGACAUGAGGCGUGAUUUUGUCAAGUCAUUGACACUAGAGGAAAAGAAUAAUUCAGAAAAAAAUGAGAACCACGUAGAAAAAAGUUCCACUUAAACUGAAAUUGAAAAAUAAAUUUAGGAUUACAUAAUAUAAAAAUUUCAUCACUGUUAAUGAAAAAAAAAAAAAAUUCCCAAAAUUUACUUAUCAAAACAAAAACAACUAUUACAUUAAGUAUUAAUAGUAUUUUAAUUUUAACGUUAUAGGAAAUUUUAAGACAGAUUGUGUUAUAUAUAGAAUAUAUAUUUAUAUAAUGUGAUAAAAUAUAUUUUGUAUACAAUUAUUACAAAACAAUAACGUAAAAUGAAGAUUGAAU